AUGGCACUGCUUCCUUCCAAGGGAGUGGUGAUUUCCAUUCCAACCCUCGUCCUCACCGUCUCGUUUUCCGCAAUCCUCCUAUUCUUCCUCAUAUCCUCCCUCUCAUCAUCUCCUUCCCCUUGCACCUGCCCAGUCUCCCCCAACACAGCCAGUAUCUCGCCCUCACCUGAUGACAUAAACUGGGUCAAGGCCCAAAUCGAGGCCAACGGGCUUCACAUGCAUGAAAACAUCCUUCGAAAGGGCAUAAACCCGCGCACCCGCCAGCAGCAACUGCAAGACCUUCUCCAGUUCAAGGGCAUAUCUCACUACGAAGGCCCUGAAGCGAAUAACCACACUGCCCUCCCUUGCCCUGGCGAACUACUCGUCGAGGAACACCACAGCAAUUACGGAGAGCCAUGGGCUGGGGGCCGUGACGUAUUUGAGUUUUUAGCCGGUUCAGCUAAUCUGACCCCUGAGUCAAGAGUUCUCGAGAUCGGUUGUGGGACCCUUCGAGUGGGCCUUCAUUUCAUCCGAUUCUUGAAUUCCGAACGGUACCACUGUUUGGAAAGGGAUGAACUUUCUCUAAUGGCUGCCUUAAGGUAUGAGCUCCCGUCUCAGGGUUUGCUGCAAAAGCGCCCGUUGAUCGUGAAGGGUGAAGAUAUGGAUUUCGGUAGGUUUGGAUUUACGGGUGUGACGUACGAUUUGAUUUACGCGAGUGCUGUUUUUCUUCACAUGCCCGACAAGCUCGUGUGGACGGGUAUGGAGAGAUUGGCAGGAAGGCUGAGACCUGUGGAGGGUCGGAUUUUCAUUUCACAUAACAUAAAGUUCUGUUCUCGUUUGGGAGGUGAGGAGUGCACGAGGAGGCUGAAUGGGUUGGGGCUCGAGUAUCGGGGGAAGCACACGCACGACAGUUUGCUUUUCAACCAUUAUGAGGUAUGGUUUGAGUUUAGGCGGUUCAGAGCUUAA